AUAUUGAUUCCUUGCUGUCGUGAUGGACGGUAUCACUCGGGGAGCUUAAUAUACUGUCAUUCAACGUUUUAUCUUGAAGUAGUUUUGUUGUGCGCACAUCAGUAAUCGAGCACAAAUUAGCCAGUGGGAGAUGUAGUGAUGUUUUGUUCGCAUAGAUGGAAGUGCGCCACAACUCGAUUAAAUAACGUUCACUUGGAAUAAGUUGUCUCUCUCAGCGGAGUGUCAUCCCGCUUCCCAGACAUCAUGGCUGCUGGCACUCACUCUCCUGGAGGGCCCAAUGGAAUCAUCCGGAGUCAGUCGUUUGCUGGAUUCAGCACCCUGCAGGAGAGACGCUCACGGUGUAACUCCUUCAUUGGAAACUCAGCCGUGCAGAAGAAGCCCAUCUCAAAGCCCAGGAAGCCCCAUCUGUCCGGCCACAAGUCCAGCAGCAGCAGCAGCUCACGAGAUCCACAGCCCAAAAGAGUGGAAGAAGUUUACGGAGCCCUCAAACAAGGCCUGGAUGAGUAUCUGGAGGUGCAUCAGACGGAGUUGGAGAAACUCACCUCCCUCAUGAAGGACAUGAAGAGGAACUCUAGGCUGGGUGUGCUGUAUGAUCUGGACAAGCAAAUUAAGACUAUAGAGCGAUACAUGCGACGACUGGAGUUCCACAUGAGCAAGGUUGAUGAGCUGUAUGAGGGUUUCUGCAUUCAGAGGCGGUUGCGUGACGGCGCUUGUAAGAUGAAACAGGCCUUCACGGCUUCUCCCUCCACCAAAGGCACACGUGAGAGCUUGGCCGAGGUCAGCCGCAGAUAUAAAGAGUAUACUGAGAACAUGAGCACCUUUGAGGCCGAGCUGGAGAACCUGCUGGGAGAGUUUCAUAUCAAAAUGAAAGGAUUGGCUGGUUUUGCCAGGCUUUGUCCCGGUGAUCAAUAUGAGAUUUUCAUGAGAUACGGUCGACAGCGGUGGAAGUUGAAGGGAAAGAUCGAAGCAAACUCAAAGCAGAGCUGGGAUGGAGAAGAGAUGGUUUUCACGCCCCUCAUUACAGAUCUCAUCAACAUCAAGGUGACGGAGUUGAAGGGCUUGGCUACCCAUAUUCUUGUGGGCAGUGUGAUCUGUGAAACCAAGGACCUUUUCACCGCAAUGCCUCAAGUGGUAGCUGUGGACGUCAAUGACCUGGGUACCAUUAAACUAAACCUGGAGGUCGCCUGGUUUCCAUUUGAUGUCGAGGAUCUUGCCCUGUCCUCUGGAAACAUAAGCAAGGCCACCGCCCUGCAGCGACGGGUGUCUGUGUAUAGCCAGGGAACACCCGAGACGCCCACUUUCCAGGACACCUCUUUCUUUAAGUGGCAGCCGCGGCGGUGGCAGGGCCAGCGGCUCUCGUUCUUGCACGCGCUCCGAGAAACGCUCAUAGAGAAACUAAGACGCAGUCGCUCUUUUGGCGACCUGGCAGUCCUGCGACCUCGCUCAAGGUCCAGUCUGGAAGUAUAUUCAACUUUACCGGAUGACGACUUCGAGAAUGGAGGCUGCGGUGUGGCGGAGUGCAAACGUCUGUCCUUCACCUUUUCAGACACGCCCACCCCAAGCCCCGCCCCCACCCAGUCAAAUCCUGAGAUCAUGGUUACUCCCCCUGAGACUGAGCCGCCCUCUCAGCCUGCCCCCCCCUCAGAAAACCAUCCAGCUGAAGAAGACGGAGGUGAGGAUGGGGAUGAGAACGGCAGCGUGUGUGCCAGUGUGGCCAGUGAAGCAGACCUGGAGUGGGAUCAGGUUGAGGGCCAGGCAUCCGUCACAGGCUCGGGGGCGGUCUCUCUGUGCUCUGAGAGUCAGCUGUCUGUGGUGGGACCAGAGGACGUGGUGUUCCUCGAGUCGAAUGUGUCUGAUGAAGCAUUGGAGCUGAAGCCGGUAGAGCUUGAUGGGGAGGAAGGUAGUCUGACCAGGCAGCUGGUGAGGAGGUUGACUUCGUCUGAUGUACUGCCUGAAGCCAGUGUGACGAGCUGGGCUGGAGAGGGUAGCAGGACUUUCCUGGAGAGCAGUCUGGAGGAGGCUAUCCAGUCCUUGCUCCUGCGACUGGAGAGCCUGGGUCAACGCUGUGUCGAGCUACAGGACUUGGAGCAGGAAGUCAUGAGACUCGAAGACCUGCUCAAGUGUCGGGUGCCGGCUCACAGGAGCCGUUCUUCAAGUCUCAGUUUGACGGUGGAGAGUGCUCUGGAGAGCUUCGACUUCCUCAACACAUCUGACUUUGACGACGACGACACGGGAGAUGAUGCUGGAACUCUCUCACGCUCGGUCUUCUUUGACAUGGAGUCUGAAAGAAUCGGAUCAGGUCAACAUCCGGAAGCGAGAGGCCACCUGAGUGAAGCCUUGACGGAAGACACCGGGGUGGGGAACAGUGUUGCCGGCAGCCCCCUGCCCCUCACCACAGGGAACGAAAACCUGGAUGUUGCCAUUGUUGUUCAUCUACAAUACUGCAAUCAUCUCAUUCAGCUUUUGACCUCAGGCGGAAGCCAGGGGAAGCAGAAGACAUACCUGCACAAACUAUCAACCCAAACACUGCUGCUGGAAGAGCUCAGUGAGAAGAACUUUGACGGACCGGGCAGCUUCACCGUGGGAUCUGAUGUGUUGCCUGAUUUGGGGGAGUGGCCGGCGCUGAUGUCUCUGUGGUCAGAGUGCAGUGGAGGUAUGUUUCAUACUACACUGGACCGAGUGUUAAAGCACAUGCAUCUGAGCUUUGCCUCACCGCUGCGAGACAUUCUGCCUCAUUCUGUGGACUCAGUGAUAAGGACUGUGGUGAGUGAGAUGGCGGACAGGAGCGAGCUAGCCUCGUCCUCGUGUCCUUCACCUUCAUCUCUUGCUCACGACGUCAUCACCGUAUUUCAGUUUCACAGCUAUGCCGUUGAACACAAUAUCACAGACAUGGAGCAACAUCUCCUGGAUUUAGCCAAAGAGAUUGCAUUCGCAGAGGCUCUGAGCGGUGGGGAUACAGAACGCGCCCUUACGCAACUACAGGAAGUGUCCGUCACCUCUCUCCAGCCCCGCGCUCAAGCGCUGUGGGCCGUUGCUGGGCUGCUGACCUCCGAUGACCCCGAACUGAGCAAGGCCGCUGGUGCCUUCCUCUCCACCGCUGCCUCACACAAACCCUUCAGGUCAAUGGCUGUGGAUUGUUACACACAAGGAUUGUCCGAAACAGGGUCACACAAACCAAAAGAUGCAUGUGCUGCUCUGAGCUGCUUACAGGCUGUGGAGAGCAUCGACGCCGUGGUGUCACUGUGUGACUCGACUGAUGAAGAACUUCAUCAGGUCGCCAUAGAAACCCUCCUCACUUUUGGUGAAGAGGGGCGACUGGCAUACGAGCAGUUGGACACAGUACCGAGGGAGAUGGUGCGUCUGGGUACUCGCCGCGGAAACGCUGUUACCACAACAUUUUAGAAAAACGGUUAUUACCCCUGCAUCCUUUAUAACGAACAUUACAUCGCUCACAGUCGUAAAAGUGAAAAAGGGCUUUAAUUCUGGCCCUUGAUGUCAAACACCUCUGAUUCCACCAGAUAUUUUCACGCGGAUUGUUUGUUUUACAGCCGUUACAGAAGAUAUUGUUGCUGUUUGAACAAUAAGUAUGUUUAAUUCUUGAGUUCUUUACAGAUCAUUUGUAUAUUAUGCAGGAGCAAAUCUUAAAUUGAAUAGUUUUGUUUCCUCCGUACAUGCCGUUCGUUUCAGGGAUUAUAAGGGACCAUUUCGAAGCUCUCCACACAUUCACAUUUUUGCCUAGACGAAGUGAUGCUUCUGAACCUCUUGGAAAGGAUUUCAAGUACUUCUGGACUGGUGAACGACCAGUGAGAACACAGGACCACUGAUUUGUGUGCUUGCUUUUCACUGGUCAUGUAGUUUCUUCGUAUAACUGUGGAGCAGGUGAAUGCACAUCUAGCAAGUAUUGUAUCAAUUGUAUUUAAUACACUACUAAUAAUGUGUACGUUAGGGCUGUCAAGAAGACCGAGCCCUUACGAAGUAUCUGAAAAUGCACUUUCUAUGCUACAGUGAGAGAGGAGAUGAUGCAUUACUGUGAAUUUUGGAUGAGGAUCGAAGUAUAGUGCUCUGCAAUCCAACUCGCUUCUGUGCCUAUUGUUACUGUACUACUGAGUCAUGUGACUGUGUUGAGUAAUAUCAUUUAUUUUAUUUAUUUUUUUAAGUUGUCUUCAAUUUAAACAAAUAUUUUAAACAGUGCUGAUAUUUUCAAUGUUCUCUUUAUAAUACUGAGAACAGAUUGUAUUAAAGACUAAGCAAGUUUAUGAUUUGUUCUUUGUGCAUUUACAAUUGGCUAUUAUUGAGGGGCUAGUCUUCAUAAAAGAUUAACGCAGAGUGCAAGUAAUGCUUUUUUACAUAUAGAAAGAUGUUUUAUUGCUCAGAAUCGUUUAAGUCUACAUGUGAACGUUAUACAGUAUUUGUUUUCUCCGUAUGCUUCUUAAAUAAGAAAACGCUCUUUGCUUGUCAUGCUCCGCUGCUUACACACCCCAGUGUUUCAAAAGCUCUCAAAUGUGAACUUCUGUUUGUAUGACAGUGAUUAACACAUGAUUUUGCAGACGCCCAUUUUCACAACAACCAUUUUUCUAUUAACAAUAGUUGCAAUUUGGGCUUGAAUCCGUUUAUCAAGAGCACAUUUACAGGAAUGUACAUCAAAGUUACUGUACGCCUCGAAAGCACAACUGAAAUAUUUCGGCGAGUUGUUACCUGACAUGUUAAACAUGUUACGUGGCAUCAACUGCACACUGUCCUGAAGCCAUAAUGAUACAAAGUCAAUAUAUUUAAGGCUGUUUUGUUGUUUAUAUUUAUCAGAGUUAUCUAUAACAGAUAUUCAAGUUUUCUUUUAAUAAGUCACUGACAAUGUUACCCCUUUGUGUGUCCGUUUAAAAACCACUGUUACAGUAUUUGGACCCUGAACAUUGGUGGUCCCGCAAGUCUUUUUCUUUCUUUGCACAGAGAUUUAAUAAAAAGGUUCAGUUAAGAUGUUUAUUCACGUUAGAAAGAAGCUCAGUGAAAUCUAACUUUUUCUGCCCUUGUAAACCUCAGUAAAUUGUAAAUUAACGUCUUGAUAGGAAAAGUAUUGUUAUGGUUUUGUGAGCGGGUUGAAGGCUUAAGGACAGCGCUUGUAGUGAAUGAAUGCAGUUUCAAUACUUCACUUGUCAUAAUGACUUUGCUAAUGUUCCCUAAUGUUUGUGUAUUUUUUUACUGUAUUUCUUCGGUCUGUUAAAAGUGGCAAUAAAAUUUUAUUUUUGCAUAAU